UCUUCUGAUGUGUCUGAAGACAACGGGAUCUUAGAGGUGCUGGGUCAAUAGAGACAGCAAAAUACCUGAAGCCAGGGAUUGCAUGAGCAGGCUGUAAAUGAUGGGGCAAUGCAGGGCAAGGGAUAGGGGUCUAUGCUGUGCAGAAGCCUCAGAGGCUCAUUUUCUUCUUUGUACAUCCUGUCUCUGAGGCACAAUGAAGUCAUGUUUCCUCAGAUGCACAUCAAGACCACCGUCACUGCCCUGGUCUCUGGUCCAAUCCAUCACAUUAUGACCAGAUUUCUCCUUACCUUUGCCUGCCUACAGCCUCCUAGGUUUUUCUAACACAGCAGUGCUGUUUUGGCUGUACAAUAAAACUAGAAUUCUCAGAGUCCCUAGUCUGCAUCCCAAGCACGGAAAUAUAAUUGGUAGCAUGUAAGACCCAGGCACAAGUGGUGGGCUGUUUUGGGCUUUGUUUCUUUAAUAUCUCCCCUAGUGACCCAGGUCACUCCCAAGCUGACCGGGAACCCAUGAUCCACCCCAUCUGCCCAGAUACUUUGCUUUCUUCUUUUGAGAAAGGGAGUCUUUUAAGAAAGCCCCCCAAUUGUAGCCCUGAAUUGGUCUGGAACUAUGUAGAACAGACUGACCUCAUACUUGUAAUUAUUCUCCUGCCUCUCCUUUCCCAAAUGCUGGGAUUCCAAGCUUUGCCACCAUGCAGAGGAAUGGAGGGGCCUGUUCUGUUCAAGUGUUUUUCCCUGAGCCUUACCUCAUGCACAUUCAUUACUGAUACCGUUUGAAAGCCUGUCACGCGUGUAAUGGGCGCGCCUGAACUGAGAGGUGACUGAGUGGGUCAACGCUGUGACAGGGAGAGAACACAGCGAGGUCGCCCUGAGAUAGAAGACUGCCAAGCCAACUCUGGAAGGCAAUGAGGGAGUGUGAAUAGUGUUCCGCUGCGUCAGCGAGGCCCGACCCGCCCUUGGGAGGAGGAUCCCGGGGUCCGGAGCAGCCACGCGGUGGGGAGGCAGAACCGCCACCCGCUGAAAAGGCGAGGGUCUUGUUGCUGGGGAUAGGGCCGCAAUCACCCUCCGACAGCCCAGGUCUCCACGCCUCUGCAGUCGGAGCGGAAGGGGCGGGACCAGGGCGAACGAGGCGCACAAGGUCCAAGGUGCCUCCCAAGAGACCCUGGGCCGGUGCUGGGCGCAGCUGCCUCUUCGCCUCUGCUUGUCCGUCUUUGUUUCUGUGCCUGUCUGGCUGUUCCCAAGCUUGUCCCCACUCCAGAACUAAGCCUCCCCUACGCCGACAGCCCAAGACACCCUUCCCCUUUCCCAUGGCAGGCUACUUGCCCCCCAAAGGUUAUGCCCCUUCGCCCCCACCUCCCUACCCCGUGCCAGCUGGGUAUCCAGAGGCGGCGGCGCUGCAUCCUGGACCCGGACAGGCUCCAGUGCCCACCCAGGGGCCUGCCCCUGCGCCUGGCUUCUCUCUCUUCCCCUCGCCAGGCCCGGUGGUCCCAGGGCCUCCUGGUCCCUUCGUGCCAUUGCCAGGGGUGCCUUCUGGCCUGGAAUUCCUAGUGCAGAUUGAUCAAAUCUUGAUUCAUCAGAAGGCUGAGCGAGUGGAAACGUUCCUAGGCUGGGAGACCUGUAAUAGGUAUGAACUUCGCUCCGGGACCGGACAGCAACUGGGUCAGGCAGCUGAGGAGAGCAACUGCUGUGCCCGGCUGUGCUGUGGUGCCCGCCGGCCGCUUCGUAUCCGCCUAGCGGACCCCGGGGACCGCGAGGUGCUCCGCCUCCUCCGCCCACUUCACUGCGGCUGCAGCUGCUGUCCUUGUGGUCUUCAGGAGAUGGAAGUCCAGGCCCCACCUGGCACCACCAUUGGCCAUGUGCUACAGACCUGGCACCCCUUCAUUCCCAAGUUUUCCAUCCUGGAUGCAGAUCGCCAACCUGUUCUACGAGUCGUAGGGCCUUGCUGCACUUGUGGCUGUGGGACGGACACCAACUUUGAGGUGAAGACAAAGGAUGAAUCUCGAAGUGUGGGCCGCAUCAGCAAGCAGUGGGGAGGGCUGCUCCGAGAAGCCCUCACAGAUGCGGAUGACUUUGGCCUCCAGUUCCCAGUAGAUCUAGAUGUGAGAGUGAAGGCGGUGCUGCUGGGAGCCACGUUCCUCAUUGAUUAUAUGUUCUUCGAGAAGCGAGGAGGUGCUGGACCCUCUGCCAUCACCAGUUAGAAGCCACCUCAGGAUGAGGAGACCAUCAGCUGAACCAGAGUUUAAGAUGGUCACCUGCCCUGGACUUUCCCUCCUGAAGCAAAGCCUUCCUUGGCAUACACUGCAGUGGACCCACAAGGGUGACUGAGUGGUUGGGAGCCAUUGUGUCCCAUCCCUUCCCUCCUUCACCUGUGGCCCUGCAGAGGAGCAUGUAUGAGACCCAUUCUUCCUUGUGUUUACCAUCUCCCAGCAGUCCCUAUGCACACAUUAGCUUUUAAAUUUCCUUGCCCACUCCUUCCAGCCUUCCUCCAGGGCCUCUGCACAGGAGGGGGCCUCUGGAAUCCAGGACUCAAGUUUUACAGCAGGGCUUGUGGGUAAAAGGCAAGCGGCACCAAAGAUGGCAGAUACCACCCUUACCUUCUAGCACUUUAGCCAAUUAGUUUAGCUUCAGACGGUGGCACUCUGAGGGGAUCCCUGCCUCCCCACUAAUAGCUGUAGGGUUGGGACCCAGUGCCAACCCCUAACCCCUGGGCCCUGCUGGUGCUUUCUGCAGCUUCCUGUGCCUUAUUUAACUGUCAACCCCUUCCUUCCCCUACUGUAGGAAGGAGGCUGUGUCUUUGUAUGUUGUACUCAUAUAAACUUUGCAACUUUU